CCCCGCGGUCCUCCAGCAUCCCAGCGCCCCUUGCGCGCUCCCGCUCGGCCUCAGCGGCUUCCGGCGGCGGCGGAGCAGGAGCGGCGGGAGCAGCGAGGCGGCGGCAGCCAUGGCGUACCGCGGGCAGGGCCAGAAGGUGCAGAAGGUGAUGGUGCAGCCCAUCAACCUCAUCUUCCGCUACCUGCAGAACAGGUCGAGGAUCCAGGUGUGGCUCUACGAGCAAGUGAACAUGCGGAUAGAAGGCUGCAUCAUCGGCUUUGACGAGUACAUGAACUUGGUGCUGGACGACGCAGAGGAGAUUCACUCCAAGACGAAAUCAAGGAAACAGCUGGGUCGGAUCAUGUUAAAAGGGGACAACAUCACUCUUCUACAGAGCGUCUCUAACUAGAAUUUGCUGAUAGAACAACGGUGGCUGCAGUGCUGCAGAGUGACUGAGUGCCAGGGGAACGCGGCCCGCUGGUAGAUAGGAAGUUAUUUGUAACUGGGGUUGCAGGAGGUAAAAAGUCCUUCCUUUGUGGGAGCAAGUUUUUUGUAGCUUGAAACAAUACGUGAUGUAUUUCACAAAUAAACAUUUUUCACGUGAACUGUAACCGUAAAA